AUGUCCCCCCCCGCCCAGCCGGGGGUGCCGGGCGGGCGCGGCUCUAAGGUGCCCCCGGCGCGGAAGCUGCUCUGCAUGUGCAGCCUCUCGCUCUGCCUCACCUACCUGUGCUACAGCCUCAUGGGGGGCGCCGGCCCGGCCGCCCUGCGCUCCCCGGCCGCGCCGCCCGGCUCGGCGGCCCCGCGCUCCGCCGGCAGCCCGCCGGGCACCAUCGGCGCCCCGGCCGCCUCCGCGGCCCCGACGCGAGCCGCCAACGGCAGCCGGGAAGCGGCGGCGGCGGACGCCUGGCCGCGGACGCCGCUGGCCCCCGGGGAGGCGAUCGCGGCGCAGAGCGGCGCCUUCGAGAGGGACCCGCAGGAGUCGAGCACCACGGACGAGGAGCUGAGCCGGGCCGGCAGCCCGGGCAGCCGCGGCGGCGGCGGCAGCACCACGCCGGACUACGGCGAGAAGCGGCUGCCGCAAGCCCUCAUCAUUGGGGUGAAGAAGGGGGGCACGCGGGCGCUGCUGGAGGCCAUCCGGGCGCACCCCGACGUGCGCGCCGUGGGUACCGAGCCCCACUUCUUCGACAGGAACUACGAGAAGGGGCUCGAGUGGUACAGGAACGUGAUGCCCAAGACCCUGGAUGGGCAGAUCACCAUGGAGAAGACCCCCAGCUAUUUCGUGACCAACGAGGCCCCCAGGCGCAUUCACUCCAUGGCCAAGGACACGAAGCUGAUCGUGGUAGUGAGGAACCCGGUCACCCGCGCCAUCUCGGACUACACGCAGACACUCUCCAAAAAGCCAGAGAUCCCCACUUUUGAGGUGCUGGCCUUCAAGAACCGGACCCUGGGGCUGAUCGAUGCCUCCUGGAGUGCCAUCCGCAUUGGCAUCUACGCACUGCACCUGGAGAACUGGCUCCAGUACUUUCCUCUGUCCCAGAUCCUUUUUGUCAGUGGCGAGAGGCUCAUCACUGACCCAGCUGGGGAGAUGGCCAAGGUCCAGGAUUUUUUAGGCCUCAAGAGGAUUGUGACAGAGAAACACUUUUAUUUUAAUAAAACCAAGGGGUUUCCCUGUCUAAAGAAGCCAGAGGACAGUAGUGCUCCCCGGUGCUUGGGCAAGUCCAAGGGUCGAACUCACCCCAAAAUAGACCCUGACGUCAUCCACAGACUGCGGAAGUUUUACAAACCAUUCAAUGUCAUGUUUUACCAAAUGACAGGCCAAGAUUUCAAGUGGGAGCAGGAAGAAAGUGAUAAGUAG